GCUGGUGGCACCGGGUCGCGCUGCGUUCGGGGACGCUGGCGCCGGGGCCGGGCCGCUGCCAUGGGCCUGGGCUCCAGCACCGAGCAGCCCGCGGAGACCUCCGAGGGCUUCCACCUGCACGGGGAUGUGGAACCCUCUUCGCCCGCCUCCCUUGCUGGCCUGUGCCCCUACACAGACUAUGUGAUUGGCUCAGACCAGCUCCUCCAGGAGUCUGAGGACUUCUUCACGCUCAUCGAGUCCCACGAAGGGAAGCCCUUGAAGCUGAUGGUUUAUAACUCCGAGUCCGACUCCUGCCGGGAGGUGUCUGUAACUCCCAACGCAGCCUGGGGUGGAGAGGGCAGUCUGGGGUGUGGUAUCGGCUACGGGUAUCUGCAUCGGAUCCCAAUCCAGCCCCCCAGCUACCACAAGAAGCCACCUGGUGCCCUGCCACCUGGUACCCCAUCACCUGGUGCCCCGCCAUCUGGUAACCCUCCAUCUGGUGCCCUACCACCUGGUACCCCACCACCUGGUGCUCCGCCAUCUGGUACCCCACCACCUGGUGCCUUGCCACCUGGUACUCUGCCAUCUGGUACCCCACCACCUGGUGCCCUGCCUCCUGGAACCACCCCCCUGGACUCUCCUGCCCCUCCUGGCCCAGAGAUGGGUUCCAGGCAGGGUGACUACUUGGAGGUACGUGGGGAGCCCCUGUCAACUAGGGGACUGCUGGCUGAGCCAGGUGCCCCAGGAACGGGGCCGAGGGAGCCAGGGGACUGGCCUUCAGCAGGCAGGGUCCUGUGCUAGCAAAGAGCUGUGCCCCUUCCCCUAGGCUUCCUGGACGUGUCGGGCAUCUCCCUCUUGGACAGCAGUGCCAGCGUCUGCCCCAGCCUGCCCUCCUUCCCAGAGCUGACCUCCACCGCCGUGCCAGCCGCAGGGCUGGAGGACGUCGGCUCCAGCAGUGGCUCUCACGAGCGUGGCGGGGAGGCCACGUGGUCUGGAUCAGAGUUUGAGGUCUCCUUCCCAGACAGCCCCGGUGCGCAGGCCCAGCAGGACCACCUGCCGCAGCUGACCCUUCCCGACAGCCUCACCUCUGCAGCCUCGCCAGAGGACGGGCUGUCUGCUGAGCUGCUCGAAGCUCAGGCCGAGGAGGAGCCGGCAAGCACAGCAAGUCCAGGUCUCAGGGCAGAAGCCGAGGCAGCCAGCCAGGCCCAGCUCGCUACCCCUGAACAACACCCUGGGCAACGGCAAGGCCCCUGAUGGCAUUUCCUGAGGUCCAGGUGUGGGGAGGUGGCUCAGGCCACACUGCGGGCCCAGCCCCUCGCCUGAUCCCAGCCCAGUAUGUCCAGCUUCCUGGGCUGUGGCUCCGAGUGAUGUGUGGGGACUUCUGCAGGUGGGGGGCUUGUGUCCACUCACCCCACUGGUUUCCAAGAAAUGACCUGCCAGCAUCUGCGGGAUGGUCCUGGCUUUGGGGAAUUGAGCUCUUGUUUGAGAAUCUUAAGCACAUCUUUGGGGUGGUAGGGAGCUGGGAGCAGCACCCCGGAGGGAGCUGGGGGAGGAGAGGAAGGCUUCUUUGCUGCUCGUGUGGCGCAUGGAACCUUGGUGGUGGGGAGAGGCGGCGUGGGCCUGGGGGAAGGGCAUCUCGGCCGUGUACGCUGAGGGCCAGUGCUUGCUCCUGCGUGGUCACUGGCUUCCCAGGAAGCAGCAUGGCCCAGGCGUGGUCAGGUGUGGCAGUGGGGUAAGGGAGGAAGGGGUGGGUGUGGUGUUUGCCUAACCGCUUUGCAGAGCUUGCCUUGAUUCUUCCUGCACAGCUGAGCCCGUGCUAUCUACUGGAAGGCACCCCAACCCUGGGGACCCUUGAAGCCCCAAUUACUGUCUCUCCUGUCACGUGCCCCCAUCCCUGUGCCACACUGCACAGCCGGCUCAGGUUGACUGACAUCUGCCAGUCACAGCUGGAGAAGAGAGGCAGUGAACUUGCCCACCUCUCAUGGGAGAGGAGGGUUGGAAAUUCUAGAACCUUCAGCAGAUACUCACCUGUGCUUAGACCACAAUGUUUCUUCUUUCCCCGGGCUGACACCCCACAGAUCUAGUAUCUCCAGUGUAUCCCCUGUCAGCUCCCAAACUUACACAACAAUCUCUUCUACAUACACAAGGCACCUGGUCAGCCCCAGUGGUGAAUAAGUUAUAAAUUUAAAUUCACACUCUCCAAACCAGUCCUGACCAGAUCUCUUUACACACAGCUCCCACCACAAGGGGAAACGAGAGGCCAGGGCCAGAGUGGGUGAGGGCCCUUCUGUCCUUUCCCAGUGUGUGUGUGCUGUUCCUCCUACCACCAGGUGCCUUGGGAGGCUAAGGCAGGCAUGGGUCUUGUGCUCUGUCCUGCAGGAUGAGGAGGGCUCCCCCAGGGACGGGGUCCUCACCUGCCCCGGCUAGAGUCCCUUGCCUUCCCACACUCUGUGCUCGUUACCAUGAAGGCUGCCUCUGGCCUUGUCCUCUAGUCUCUGUCCACAUUGAGUCCCCGCUGCUGCUUGAUUUGUAACGUUCGCAUGUACAAGGAAAUUCAGAGCUCUCAGGCCUGUAGCACAAGGACGAUCAGCCGAAGGUGGCACAGGCCAAGUGUAUGGAGGGAGGCCCCCAAUUAGUGAACACUGAGUUUCCAGCGCUCUGACCGCACGGCCAGCGAGCCCUGUCCAGCCCACCAGCGCAGCCACACUGCAGAGCAGGAGGCCUGGGUGCAAGGCCAGCGGGGGGCCUGCUCCGGGGCUGCCUGGGAGCCCAGCUCCGCCUGCAGAACUGCAGGAAGAACAAGCCCAGGGACUGCUCCGAGGGCAGGUCCCUGCGCUGCAGCCUGGCCCCCCGGCCCCGGCACCCUCACCCAGGGUUCUGGUCUUCCUUGCUUCACACAUGCCUCUUCCCAAGUUGCAGGAUAAAGCGGAUACCAAUGCUAAUUAUUUCCAGGGUAAACAGGAAAACCAGAGGUUUCUCAAUUUCUCUAUCAUCUGCUCUGAAGGAAAAUGACAAGUGAAAAAAUAAACAUGUGCUAUGCUUUGAAUAUUUUAA